AUGUGGAAGAUUGUUUCCAGACAUAAGAAUUAUCAGGAAAGACAGAAAGCUCGUUCAAUAUAUUACCAGGAAGAAUUUAAUAGACGUUUCUUAGAGUUAGAUCUGGUAGAAUGGCAGAAACAAUUGUUGGUGAUUUUAGAAGUUGUUCCAGAUAGACGUACCAUAUAUUGGGUAUAUGGUCGUAAGGGAGGUGAAGGCAAAUCAACAUUUGGUAUAUACCUUAUUGCUACUAAAAGAGCGAUCAUGUUCAAUGGAGGAAGAAGGGAAGACGUCAUAUUUGCUUAUGAUUAUCAGAAUAUUGCAAUUCUUGAUGCCGCCAGGUGUCAAGAUAUAAGAUAUGAUAUAAUUGAACAUUUUAAAGAUGGCGUAUUGUUUAAUCAGAAAUACGAGUCACAUGUAAUGUACUUUUGUCCAAUACACGUAGUUGUAUUGUGUAAUGUGCUUCCAGACUAUUCUAAAGUAUCCGAGGAUCGGAUACAUUUAAUUGAACUUUAA